AUGGCGACGCAGGACGCAGCGGUGGAGGCGGUUGCUACCCACCUGCUAGAGGCGUUGCGGCUGGGAUCCAGGCUGGGGCGAGACCAUGUCGGACCUGGGCUCGGAGGAGUUGGAGGAGGAGGGAGAGAAUGAUAUUGGGGAAUAUGAGGGGGCUCGGAAUGAGGCAGGCGAAAGGCACGGACGCGGGAAGGCGCGGCUACCUAAUGGGGACACCUAUGAAGGGAGCUACGAAUUCGGUAAAAGACAUGGCCAGGGGACCUACAGAUUUAAAAAUGGUGCUCGAUAUAUCGGAGAAUAUUUUAGAAAUAAAAAGCACGGUCAAGGCACUUUUAUAUAUCCAGAUGGAUCCAGAUAUGAAGGAGAGUGGGCAAACGACCAGAGGCACGGCCACGGUGUAUACUACUACGUCAAUAAUGACACCUACACUGGAGAGUGGUUUACUCACCAAAGGCACGGGCAAGGCACCUAUUUAUACGCGGAGACGGGCAGUAAGUAUGUUGGCACCUGGGUGAACGGACAGCAGGAGGGCGCGGCCGAGCUCAUUCACCUGAACCACAGGUACCAGGGCAAGUUCUUGAACAAAAAUCCUGUUGGCCCUGGAAAGUAUAUAUUUGAUGUUGGGUGUGAACAACAUGGUGAAUAUCGUUUAACAGAUAUGGAAAGAGGAGAAGAGGAAGAGGAGGAAGAAUUAAUAACUGUUGUUCCAAAAUGGAAAGCUACCAAAAUCACGGAAUUGGCCUUGUGGACACCAGCCCUCCCCAAGGAGCCGACCUCUACAGACGGACCUGGCCAAGAGGGUCCAGGAGCUGAGAGUACAGGAGAACCUGGGGAGGAGGCCCAGGCUCUGCUGGAGGGCUUUGAGGGUGAGACGGACAUGAGGCCUGGAGAUGAAGAUGCAGACGUCCUCCGGGAGGAGAGCCGGGAGUAUGACCAGGAGGAGUUCCGCUAUGACGUGGACGAGGGAAACAUUAAUUCUGAAGAAGAAGAAACUAGACAGUUGGACCUCCAGGACUAA